CGAAUGUAUUAUCCAACUUGUUAACCAUAUUAAUAAUGUCAUAUUCCUUUAACUUAAUGUGUGACAUAAUAAUAAUGCUUGGUAUAGACCACUUAACCUGAUAUUAAUGGAGCUAUUAUUAAUGAGAGAGAAUAAUUGAGAAUGUAAUUGAUGGAAUUGGAGGAUAGAUAUCAUAUUGAUAUUGAAGAAUUAAAAAUUAAUCUACUAUCAGAGAGUGAAAGAAUUUUAGUAAAAUAUUAUUCAUAAUUUAAUAGUAAAAAUCUUUAAAUGAAUUGGUUCAAUAAUAUGAACCAUAAAUUAGCUAAAAAGAUUCUUAAAUAAAUGCAUUGACAUAAAAAUUAUAAGCAGCAGAACAUACAUUACAAUAAGUUUAAGCAGAAAAUUAAAAAUUAAAAGAAGUGGUAUUCAAAAAAAAGGAUAAAAUUAAAUAUUAUAAAUAAGAAAUGGAAAAUUAAAAUAACUUUCAUAUUUAGAAAUUAAAUGAAUAAGAAUAAUUUUGGAGAGAAAGAUUGAAUAAAGAAUUAGUAAUAUAAUAUUAUUAUUUUAGAAUUAAUAAAAAUAAAUAUUGCUUUAAGAAUUUUAAUUUGAAAAGAAAUCUUUGGAAGAUCAAAUUUAUAAAUUAAAAAUUCAAUUAGCUCAAUUUGAUGAAAAAUAUCAACAAAUUUUAUUUGAAUUAGAAGUAUAUAAUAUAUUAAUUAAUUAAAUAGAAAAUAAAACAAUAAUUAUAAGAGAAAACUUAUGAAUGUGAAGAAUGGAAAUCAAAAUGUAAGAGAUUAGAACACAUGGAAUCAAUUAAACCUUAAAUAAUAGAUCAUUCACCAUCUAGAGAUAGAAUAUUAGAAUAAAGAAUUGAAUAAUUAGAGAGAGAAAUUAGAAUAAAAGAUGCAAAAUUGGCAAAGAAGAAGGAUAAAGUUUAAACAGUUAUUUAACAUGUUCCAUAAUAAGUGAUUGUAGAAAAACCUAUUGAAAGAAUUAUAGAAAUUGAAAAGAUUGUUCCAGUUGAAAGAAUAAUAAGAGAAAGAGUACCUGCUAGAUAACCAAUUGUUGUUUAAUAAAAUGUUUAAAAGAAGAUAGAAAGCGAAUCUGAAGAUGAAGAAUUAAUUGAAGAAAUUAGAAUUUUAAAAAGAAAGAUUGUAGAAUUAUAAUAAGUAAUUACUAAUCUUAAAAUUUAAUUGGAAGACUCUUAAAAUGAAAGAGAUGAUUUGUAUUUAAUAUUAUUAUAAAUAGAUAACGUAAUUAUGAGAUUCUCUUAGCUAAAGUAAAAUAACUUGAAGAUUUGUUACGUAGUAGAAAUAGAGAGCUUUAAGAUAAAGUUAGUUCCUUAUAACAUGUAAAAAAAGAUGAAGAUAAAAUUAUUGUUCAUGUCAAUUAAGGUAAAAAUAAAACUAGUCAUGUUGUCAAAAGAUGA